AUGGAGCCCCCCGCCGCCACCGCCAACGGCGGGGCCGGGCCGGGGCCCCCGGCGGCCGACGGCCUGACGGCCUCCCAGCGCCGGGCGGAGAUGAGACGGAGGAAGCUGCUGAUGAACUCGGAGCAGCGCAUCAACCGGAUCAUGGGCUUCCACAGGCCGGGGGCCGCCGCCGCCGCCGCCGCCGCCGCCGCCGCCGCCGAAGAAGAAAGUCACACCGAGCCAAAACAGCUAAGCAGUGAAAAUCUGGACUGCCUCCCCGCUCCAUCAGUUUCAAAGAGAGUGGUGCUCGGAGAUUCAGUAGGGCCCAAGGAUCAGCAGGGUGGUAUAUCAGAGCUCAAGAGUUCCCACCUGGGUGACAAAAAGGACUCCUUCAACGCACCUGUAGAAUGUAAUAACGAGGGUCACCUUGAGCUCCGGCCACGGAGCAGAGGUGAUCCAACGGUGGAAAAUGCCCAGAGAGGCCCCCGGCACCGGUUAGACCAGUACCUGUCAAGAUUCGAUGAAGCCAUGAAGCUAAGAAACCAGUUGAUUAGUGAGAAGCCCGGUCAGGAGAAUGGGAAUUCAGCAGAGGAAUUCGAUUCUUUUCGCAUUUUUAGAUUGGUGGGGUGUGCUCUUCUUGCCUUUGGAGUCAGGGCUUUUGUAUGCAAAUACCUGUCCAUUUUUGCACCAUUUCUUACUUUACAACUUGCUUAUAUGGGAUUGUCAAAAUAUUUUCCCAAGGGGGAAAAGAAGAUGAAAACAACAGUGUUGACGGCUGCACUUCUACUGUCUGGAAUCCCUGCUGAAGUUAUUAGUCGGUCCAUGGACACCUACAGCAAAAUGGGCGAUGUCUUCACGGAUCUCUGUGUCUACUUUUUCACUUUUAUCUUUUGCCAUGAACUGCUUGUCUUCUGGGGGGUCUGAAGGGCCAAGAUGGCUGUGAAACUCAAUAGAGUAGCUUGCAAAACGUGUUUUCUGUCCUGUGUUACUGUAGCACCCGUGGGGGACGAACAGGUUUCUCUCAUUUUGUACAGAAUUCUUCCCAGGGGUUGUAAAUCCACUACUGUGAAAGGAAGAGCAGGGUCUUUGGUCAAAUAUGUUGGGAUUGUGUCCUAGUACCAAGUAUUCAGUUGCUAAAUAUACAAUUUCAGGUGUGGAGGGUAGAGUCUGGGUGUCACACCCAGAGUUCCCAACUUACUCCACACUUCCCCCUCGAGUUGUGCUUUUUUAGAACUGAGAGACCUUUCUUGUGCAUUUAGCGGAACUGCCAGAGGUCGGGUCGCCUGCCCCCGGGGACUGUUUCCAGUAUUUGUCUUCUCCUUCUGUACAAUAAAUUAAUCCAUCCUAAAAAUGGAAAGAACUCUCA